GAGAAGGCGGAGAAGGGGGAGGUUAAAGGGGAAGGACCCCCGGAAGUGCCCCUCCUCAGUGCCGGAGAGGGAGACGCCGGGGGCGGAGUCCCCUGCCUCCCCCCCGGCGUGGUUGGUGCGUCCCGGAUGACGUCAGGAGCAGCCCGCCCCUGCCUGGAUGGUGCGUCCUGAGUGACGUCAGGAGCAGAGGCCGGAGCUGUCCAUCAGCACCAAGGGCCGCGGGCAGGAUCAGGGCAUGGGGCCGUGGCUCUGGGACAGCCUGAACCCCUGCUCCUGCUCCUUUCCCUUCCUCGGGCCGGGCCAGAGUCUCCGGACGCCACGGGACUGGUGUGCCAGCCGGUGUUGGAGGGGGAGCGGCGACGCCGCCGCGCGGAGACCGAUCUCUCUGGCCCAGCAGCCCCCUGGCCCGCACGACGGACUUUCCCCGGACCCCAGUCAGCUGGAGCUUCGUGCGCCCCGCAACCCCGGCCCCUACGGCCCCUGCACAGCUUAUUUUGCUCAGAAGCUCAGGUCGCCUCAAGUCCAGGUAGACCUGGGAGGGUGACCCCCUUCCGCUCCCAGCACUAUGCCGGGCACUAUGGAGACACUGCGGUUCCAGCUGCUGCCCCCAGAGCCAGAUGAUACCUUCUGGGGUGCACCCUGUGAACAGCCGCUGGAACGCAGGUACCAAGCACUGCCGGCCCUCGUCUGCAUCAUGUGCUGUUUGUUUGGAGUCGUCUACUGCUUCUUCGGUUACCGCUGCUUCAAGGCAGUGCUCUUCCUCACGGGGUUGCUGUUUGGCUCAGUGGUCAUCUUCCUGCUGUGCUACCGGGAGCGGGUGCUGGAGACGCAGCUGAGCGCCGGGGCGAGCGCAGGCAUCGCGCUGGGCAUUGGGCUGCUCUGCGGGCUGGUGGCCAUGUUGGUGCGCAGCGUGGGCCUAUUCCUGGUAGGGCUGCUGCUCGGUCUGCUGCUCGCUGCCGCCGCCCUGCUGGGCUCCGCGCCCUACUACCAGCCUGGCUCUGUGUGGGGCCCACUAGGGCUGCUGCUGGGGGGCGGCUUGCUCUGCGCCCUGCUCACCCUACGCUGGCCCCGCCCACUCACCACCCUGUCCACUGCUGUGACUGGUGCUGCGCUCAUCGCCACUGCGGCUGACUACUUUGCCGAGCUGCUACUGCUGGGGCGCUACGUGGUGGAGCGACUUCGGGCCGCCCCUGUGCCCCACCUCUGCUGGAGGAGCUGGGCCCUGCUGGCGCUGUGGCCCCUGCUCAGCCUGAUGGGCGUUCUGGUGCAGUGGAGGGUGACGACAGAGAGGGACUCACACACUGAAGUGGUCAUCAGCCGGCAGAGACGACGUGUGCAGCUGAUGCGGAUUCGGCAGCAGGAAGAGCGAAAGGAGAAGCGGCGGAAGAAGAGACCACCUCGGGCUCCCCACAGAGGUUCCCGGGCUCCUCCAAGGCCUGGGCCCCCUGACCCUGCUUAUCGCCGCAGGCCAGUGCCCAUCAAACGCUUCAAUGGAGAUGUCCUCUCCCCGAGCUACAUCCAGAGCUUCCGGGACCGGCAGACUGGGAGCUCCCUGAGCUCCUUCAUGGCCUCACCCACAGAUGCGGACUAUGAGUAUGGCUCCCAGGGACCACUGACAGCCUGCUCAGGCCCCCCUGUGCGGGUAUAGCUGUAUCUCUGCCUGUCUAGACUCUGCAGUCACCAGCUCUGCCAGCUUGUGGAGGCUUGCCAGGCUGCUACCCUGGAUGCCUGGCCCUGGGGCCUUUGGCUGUGCCUCUGCGCUCCCUGGACGAGGCUGGCCUGGUCACUGGAAGGGAGGAUCUAUCUCAGGCUAGCCUUGGCCUGAGUGGAAAGCCCCCUCCCAUGCUCCCGAGGGGCUCCUGAGGGACUUGGGGUAUGAGCCCAUUGGGGUGUGCUCAGGGUUGUGAGUGUGUUGCCUGUGUGUGCGUGUGUGUGAGGGAGUAGGCUUGGAGGGGACACUGGGACCCUUGCCUUAGAGUUUUGAUUGGUAGGCCAUCCUCAGGGCAGGCCUGCCUCCUCCCCACUGCUGGGGUCCCAUGGGCUGCUCUCCUGCAUGUCUAUGUGGAGGAGGCCUGUCUGCCUCCACCAUUCCUCUGCCUCCCAACUACUCCUCUAAGGGUUCUUGUCUUUGUCCACGGGGCAAACUGCAGCACCCCUCACCCUGGUCCCCCGGCCUCUACAAAGCCACCAGCCUGAGAGCAGUGACAGGGGAAGGGGGUGGGGGGCCCUGCCCUGGCUGGGUUGGGGGUGUGUGAAGGCAGGGGGCUUAAAUGCACGGUGCAUGUCUGGUGUCUGUCAUGCCAACCUGGACACCUCAUGCUUCUGUCCCCCUCCCACACCCUGCUGUACAUCUUUUAUAAAUGUGCCAAACUGCGUGGCCUCUGCCAGGA